AUGUCGCACGAGUACGACUGGCUUGUCCGUCUCCCUGACAACCGUGAUGUCCUCGCCACCCGCAUCGAGAACCGUGCUCUGCACCUGAGCCAUAACAAGUCUCAUUUCGAGUCGGGGAAAAUCGCAUUCGGCGGCCCCAUCUACUCUUCACAGCCAAAGGACAUGGAAGACGGCCUGAAGAAGAUCACCGGAAGCAUUCAUUUGUGCAAGGCCAGCACUGAAGAGGAGGUGUGGGAGAUGGUGCGGAAUGACCCGUAUGCGAAGCUGGGGGUGUGGAAUUUGGAUGAGGUAGUGAUCACCCCGAUGAAGGUGUUUGUGAGUCAGCCUCUGUAG